AUGGUAAGGUGGUCGCCGCCGCCACGGCGGGACGUCGAGCUUUUCCCCUUCCCCUCUUUGGGCGCCCACGACCCCGUCUCACUGUCCCUAUUCGUGGCGUGCGUCGUGGCCACCGUGGCGAUCGCCUCGACCAUGUGCUCGGCGUGCGGCCGCAAGCCCAAGGCGGUCAGCCAGGAGCCCGCCGCGGACGCCCAGGCCUCCGACGCCUCCGGGAGCCAGGGCGGCGCGGAAGGGGAGGAGGAGGUGGUGACGCUGCCGCCGGAGCUGGCCACGCACGGGCCGAUCGAGCCGCCGCCGCUGCCCAAAACGGCGUCGCGGCGGAGGCUGUCCGUCUCCAUGUCCAUGGGCGUGGGCAAAAGCAUGUCCAUGAACGUGGGCAAGAGCCUCGCCAACAUCCCGGACAAGAUGAAGCUGAGCAAGCUGGAGCCGCGCCACAAGGAAAAGGACGACCCCGAGGACACGCUGUGGAAGAAGUCCAUCAUCCUGGGCGGGAAGUGCAAGAUCCCCGGGGAGAGGGACGCCGAGGCCUCCGACCCCGAUGCGGCCGCCGACGCCGCGGACGAGAUGACCGCCGGCGCCUUCCGCCGGUCCAGCUACUCCCGGCCCGUGUCCCGGUCCAACUCCUUCUCCGUCCACCAGCCCCUGCCCGAGCCUCCCCCAAUGCAAUCCUACACUAAAUCAUGA